GAGUAUUGGUCUAUGGACGAGAACCGAGCUCGGAUGACGAAGUCUCUUAGCCAGAAGGAUGAUUUCUUCAUGAUUGAUACUGAACUUACACCGGAAGUUAGGGAAUCUAUUCGCAAAGCCAACUACGCGCCAAACCCUCUUAACGCCGUCGACUGGGGCGCUCGCAGCGAUAAUGACGUCGAGAUCACUGUUAACGCCGCUCACGCGAGCGAUAGCGAUGAUGAUGAUGAU